AACACCUCCUGUCUCUAGCUUGUUUGGAGUAAUCAAUCGAAGUUGGUUCUUUAUUUGGGGGCCGAUUCAGUUCCCAUUCUUGGCAUCAUCCUCCUCCCCCUUCUCCCCCACAAAGUCUCCCUGUCAAGAUUGUGGAUUAUGGGGUGAUUAAUAUCUUGUCUUUUGGUUGCAUGUAAAUGUGGUGGUGCAGAAAGCAACAUAGGGAAGAGGGGAGGGGUUUGUGUGUGUGUGCAAAUGCAAAUAGGCCCAUAUCUUUAUGGAAUUGGGGCCAGCUUUUGGUGAUUAGAAAAGCUUUGCUUGUCCUCUUGAUCCUCCUCCAUCUUGAGAGAAUAAAAGGGAAGGGGGUGAAGUGGUGGUGCUGGGCAUGGAGAUGUAUGGCCAGUGGCCAUGAUUUCACCUCAGCAUCAGGCUCAGGCCCCUCUUCCUCCUCCUGCCUCCUGCCUCCCAUGCCUUCUGCCUCCCCCCCAAACACUUCCCAAUAGAUUCCAUCCCCUCUCUAUCAUCCUUGGUAUCCACCCCCUUUUUUCUUCUUAAUUGCAAAGGUUUCUGCAGGGAUAACAUUUGUUGGGUCAUACUAGUUCAGUUAGUUCUUGGUCCUGUGCUGCUUGCUGACCGUGGUGCUUGUGUUCUCUAGGAGAAGAUUUGGGAGAGGUGUAGCUAGCUCUGGUGUGUGAGAGAGGUGAAGAACAAGAAGAGGUUGUCAAGCUGAAGCUGAGAGAGAGAGAUGGAAGGUGAUAGCUUCUCAGGGAUGGCCAAUGGCGGUCAGGUGGACAACAAGCUGAUCCAGACAUUCCACAAGAGCUUCGUGCAGGUGCAGAGCAUCCUUGACAAGAACCGGAUGCUCAUCAACGAGAUCAACCAGAACCAUGAGUCCAGGGCGCCGGACAACCUCACCCGGAACGUUGGCCUCAUCAGGGAGCUCAACAACAACAUCCGGCGCGUCGUUGGCCUCUACGCCGACCUGUCGGCGUCAUUCUCCCGCACAAUGGACGCGUCGUCGGAGGGCGACUCGUCGGGGACGCUUCGCUCCUCUGACGGCGCAGGCCGGGCCGGACAGAAGCGUGUCCGGCCUGGCUAGGAUCAGAUGCCAUUCUUGGCAUUUUGAAGCUCAAAUCAAACAGGGUGGGUGAGAAUGGAUGUGAAGAUGAAGGUGAUGGUGAUGGUGCCAUUGCCACUUCUUGAGGACUUCUGUUAGUGCUGUGUAUCAGCUAGGAAGCAGACCUUGUAUGUGUCUCUGAGGUGUUACUAUUAGGCUAGUUACUCUUAAUUUCUUUAUUGACCUCUUCGUCUUCUCUACAAAAUGCCUUUGGAUGAGUCCUAUCAUUACUUUCAUUAGAGAGAAGCAAAACUUUUUACCAUGUAGAAGAAGUUGCUAUGAUGGUGAGAAACAAACGGCAAUGUAGUAGUUCUUGACCAUCUAUCUCUACUCAUGGUUGUCAGCCUUACUGAUAGCGUUUCAGUUGUUGAUUCCUGACUAGAUUCAGGUUGUAGUUAGUAGCAUAUGGAGCAUAUGCAUGCAGUGUUUGCAGCCCUGCAGGUGUGCCAGAUGGUGCAGUUCAUCUCUCACUGGAUAGAUUUCAAUGCCAUUCAGUUCUUAUCUCCCUUACACCAUUGUUUACACUUUGU